GCGGGGAAACCGCCGAACGUGCGCCGCCUGAGCCCACGAACCGUUCAGUCUCUGUGCGCGAAACGCCCUUGCCAGGGCUAAAUCGGGCGGAGGAAGAGCGGAAGAGAGGAAUCUGAGCUCCACUGUCCACACGCAGCAUAUGCAAGACCACCAGAGGGCACCAGUGACGCAGAGGGCUUGAAAAUGGACACCAUUUCUAUGAUGGGCAACAGCCCCCUUAACGCCAAGGAGACCUUCCUGCCCAGCCUGGAGAAGAACGGCCUGAAGGAAGCUUCCGGAAGGCCCUGCGUGGCGGUCAUCGGCUCGGGCGACUUCUCCCGGUGCCUGACGCUCCGCCUCCUGCGCUGCGGGUACCGCGUGGCGGUGGGCAGCCGGCAGCCCAAGCGCGCAGCCGACCGCUUCCCGCAUGUGGUGGACGUGACCAAUCAGGAGGACGCGGUGGGGAAGGCGGGCGUGGUCGUCCUGGCCGUGCGCCGGGAGCACUACGCCUCGCUGUGGGGGCUCAGGCGCUUGCUGGCCGGGAAGGUGCUGGUGGACGUCAGCAACAACGGGCGCAUGAACCAGUACCCGGAAUCCAACGCCGAGCACCUGGCAUCGCUCUUCCCGGACUCGCGCGUGGUCAAGGCCUUCAACGUCAUCUCCGCCUGGGCCAUGCAGUCCGCCCCUAUGGACGCCAGCCGACAGGUGUAUGUGUGCGGUAACUCGGUGGAGGCCCGGCAGCAGGUUAUGGAGCUGGCCCGGCAGCUGAACUUCGUCCCGGUGGACAUGGGGACGCUGUGUUCGGCGCGAGAGAUCGAAAACAUGCCCCUGCACCUCUUCACCCCCUGGAAGGGCCCCGUCCUGGUGGCCGUCGGCCUGUCCAUCCUCUUCUUCGUCUACUCCUUCGUCCGCGACAUCGUCCACCCCUACGUGCGGAAUCAGCAGAGCGACUUCUACAAGAUCCCCGUGGAGAUCGUCAACAAGACCCUGCCGGUGGUGUCCAUCACCCUGCUGGCCCUGGUGUACCUGGCCGGCCUGCUGGCGGCCGCCCACCAGCUGCACUACGGGACCAAGUACCGCCGCUUCCCCCGGUGGCUGGAGGACUGGCUGCAGUGCCGCAAGCAGUUCGGCCUCCUCAGCUUCUUCUUCGCUGGCGUCCACGUGCUCUACAGCCUCUGCCUGCCCCUGAGGAGGUCAGAGAGGUACCUGGUCCUCAACACGGCCUUCCAGCAGGUGCGUGCGGAUGUGGAGAGCUCGUGGAAUGAGGAGGAGGUGUGGAGGGUGGAGAUGUACCUGUCCUUCGGCAUCAUGAGCCUGGGGCUGCUGUCCCUGCUGGCCGUGACCUCCAUCCCCUCUGUCAACAGUGCCCUCAACUGGCGGGAGUUCAGCUUCAUUCAGUCCACGCUGGGCUACAUCGCCCUGCUGAUCGGCACCUUCCACACGCUGCUGUUUGGGUGGAAGCGGGCGCUCCAGGCCGAGUCCUACCGCUUCUACCUGCCGCCCAGCUUUGCGGUGGCGCUGGUGCUGCCGGUGACCGUCAUCCUGGGGAAGGUGGUGCUCCUCCUGCCCUGCGUGGGGCAGAGGCUGCGCCGGAUUCGCCGGGGCUGGGAGGAGGGCUGUCAGCGUCUCCGUGACGACGGGCCGGGCUCGGCCGCCGCCCACGUCUCUCCCGAGAGGGUCACCAUCAUGUGAUCCCCGCUGACCAAAUCACGGGACUCGAUAUGACAAACCUUCCUAUGAACACCCACGACACUGCCGCCAGUGGGGGGGGGUCAACAUCAUGUGAUCUCAACAGACCAAUCACAGGACUCAAUAUGACAGUCCUUCCAUCCCCUCCAUAACCACCCACAACACUGCCGCCGGGGGGGUUGGGGGGAGGGGGGGUGGUCUCCAUCAUGUGAUCUCGACAAUCUCGUGAUCUCGACCAAUCACGGGACUCGAUAUGACAACUAUCCCCCAACCUCCCCAUAACUGCCUACACAAUCUGCUCAUGCACCCACAGCCUCCCUCCACUGUCAUGUGACCCUUCUCCACUGUCAUGUGACUUUAACUGACCAAUUGUCCCAGCAACUCACAAUGAAAGCUAAGUUACCAUCCCCCAUUCCAGCCUAUAUAUAGUUGUUUAUUGUAGGAGUUGGCGGUCGUAGAGGAGAUGAUUCAGUUUGCUCUGGAAAUGCAGUGUGUACAGUGGACCUUUUCAUAAAUGAUGUGCGAAGCUGUGUGUGUGUGUGUGUGUGUAUAUUUGUGUGUGUGGGGGCGGGGGGGGGGGGUACAGCUGUACUCUAUUAGAUUCUAUUUCUAGUGUUACCCUGCUUGGUGUUCCGUCAGUUUUCAUUUCCUAAGGUGCUGCAUUAAGCCGUUAGCCACUGUGCUGUGUUACUGAUGCACUGCAGUUAGCCAUUAGCCACUGUGCUGUGUUACUGAUGCACUGCAGUUAGCCAUUAGCCACUGUGCUGUGUUACUGAUGCACUGCAGUUAGCCAUUAGCCACUGUGCCGUGUUACUGAGGAGCUGCGGUUAGCCGUUAGCCACUGCGCUGGGUUACUGAGGGGCUGCGGUUAGCUGUUAGCCACUGUGCUGUGUUACUGAGGCGCUGAAAGUAGCCGUUAGCCACUAUGCCAUGUUACUGAGGAGCUGCAGUUAGCCGUUAGCCACUGUGCCCUGUUACUGAGGAGCUGCGGUUAGCUGUUAGCCACAGGGCUGUGUUACUGAGGAGCUGCAGUUAGCCGUUAGCCACUGUGCUGUGUUACUAAACAGUUACGAGCAAACAUAGUGCUUUAUUAACUAAUAAAAUAAAACCGAAAGAAAUCCUUGCAGAAAGAUGGGAUAAUAGGUGAUGUCUGCCGUGUCAAUAACCUGGUGUCUCAUGAACGAUGUGUGUAAAAGUGAACUAAACAGACCAUUUAUAUUCAUUUAUAUCAAACCAGGAAAAAGCCCGUGAUUUUUUGCAGUUUUAUGCAAGUGUGCCAAAAAUGGCUAUUAAAAUCCUGCCAUUAAAAUAAAUAACAUUACAUUUUGAAAUGCUACUAAAUGAAUAGGAUUUCCCCUGGAUGGUAAAAGGCUGUGGUGUGAAAUGAGGCAGUUGUGUGUAAUGAAUGACCCAAAGGUCGGCUUCCUGGCAGUGACGCAAGAGGAUCUGUUGAGACACAGUUGACACACAGGCACACACAGGCACACACACGCUCAUAAGCUGAGACAUGCAGUGUAUUGUGGUGAUGAGACCUGUCGCAGUCUGUCCCUUAGCCCUGUCGCUCGUGGUGACCCUCUCCUUGUCCAAGACGUCGAAGAAACGCACACGUGCCAUGCUAACGACGCUGCCCAGUUUUUGUCCGUCUUGACAAAAUAAAAUAAAAUGAAAUAAA